GUAAUCUCAUUCAGUACUACUUUAGAAUUCGGUCGACGUGGAUGCAAGAAACAAGAGUUUAGCUAGAAACGACAGUGCAGUUGUGUGAUAAAAAGAACUUUCACUUCAAAAGGUUGAAGGGCCUGUGCUACUAAUAAGUGUUGUGAUUAAGUGCAAUGUGUUCAUUUGAUCAACAGUCAGCACAUUAAAACGGUUGAAACACUGUGAAUAGUGAAGAUAAAAGGGACUGCAAUUUAACGGCUGUAAGCAUUGAAAAAUGGUGUACCAGAUGAAGGACCCGAUGGAACUCUCGUCGUGUGCCGUAGGCGUGCGUAAACCACGAACAAAGAGCGCCCAAUUGUGCACACCGAGCCACGAUCAUCUUCCCGCCGGCCAACCGCCAGUCUACGGCAGUGCCGGCCCAGUACGACAGCGCAAGCAGCAACAGGAUCCAUCCUCGAUUCAGACCACCGAAUUUUCGAACCUAACGCGCGAGGAACGGCGAAGACGGCGGCGGGCCACUCUCAAGUACCGCACGGCGCACGCGACACGCGAACGGAUCCGCGUCGAGGCGUUCAAUGUGGCAUUUUCCGAGCUGAGAAAAUUGCUUCCGACGCUGCCGCCGGACAAGAAGCUGUCCAAAAUAGAGAUACUCAAGCUGGCCAUCUGUUACAUCUCCUAUCUUAAUCAUGUGCUGGAUGCUUGAUUUUGCUUUUGUUGAUUUGGUGCUAAGUUGCAAUAAAUAGCUUGUCGAUCUGUAUAAAACAAA